AUGACCGACGGUGUGUACGCGUCGCGCCUCGAGACGUUCAAGGACGCGAUAGCCGCCAUCUCCAAGGCGGUCGGAGAUCACUUGGGGUCGAUUGUCGACAAGCAGCUCGACGAGCUCGCUCUGCGCACCGAAGCACUCGCCGCCUUGGAAGCACGCAUGGCCGACGAAGCGGCGACCGCCGACGCCAAGAUCACGCUCAACGUCGGCGGCUCGAUCUUUGCCACGUCACGCGAGACGCUGCUGCAGUUUGAAGGCAGCUACUUUGCCGCCAUGCUCUCGUCGGGCUCGUGGCAACCCGGUGACGACGGCGCGUACUUUAUCGACCGAGACCCACGUCACUUUGAGCGCGUCAUGGCCUUUCUCCGGUCGGGUGCCGUCGACUUUGACGGGCUUGAUCGCGUCAACGCCGCAGUGCUCUGUGAUCAUUUUGAUUACUUUCUCUUGCCGCUCCCACCCGUGACGUGGGAUGGCAUGUACUGCCACCCGCAGCUCACGCUCUCAGAGACGAUGACCGUCGCGACUGCCGAUGGUUCGCUGACGGGGAAAUGGAACGUUUUGGCCACGCGCGCAGUGCUGUCGUUCACGGUCAAACUGCCUGCGUCUCACACGACGAUCGACAUUGGCUACAUCACGCGCGACCAGUUCUACCCGUCGGGCACUCCCGGGACCCUCUUUUUCACGUGGGAUACCAACACCACAGAUACCAAGGGCCGCGGGAUUGCCAAUCCAGCGUUUCCCACCGAGAACGCAAUGCUGACUCGCACUUGA